AUGGAGGACAGCGACAACAAAAGAAAUAAAAUGGACAACGAAAAGAAGCCAACGAGAUCAACGAAAGCCUGCUUGGAAUGCAGAUCGAUGAAAUCUCGCUGUAACGGUGACGGUACAAACACCUGUGAGCGGUGCUUGAAGAGGGGGGUAGCUUGCGUAUACGAGCAGACUGUUAGGCGGAGAGGAAAGGAUAAGCGUCCGCGUAUCGUCACUCGACGCAACAAAUCAAAGUCGAAAUCUGAUAGUUUCGAUGAACCUGUGACGAAGAGACCGAGAACGUCUUUGAGUACGUCUACGUCUUCAAGCUUUGACGAGCAGCAGUACACGCAUUCUCCGCAAUCGUCUACUCCCGUUCUAUCCACAGCUGCACGGCCCCCACUUACGAGUCAUUCUCGCCAACACUCAAAUGAUCUUUUCAAUAGCGUAACAACACCAGCGUUUCUAUCGCCUAAUACGCAAUUUGCACACUUUACUCAGUUCGCUCCUCCGUCCCCGCAGUUUCUUAUUAGUCCGAACACGAGUUAUGAAAGAGAAACAUUCUGGGAUCUUCUCGUCAAUGAUAGAUGUAAUGUCAAUCAAUCGAAAGAUAGGACGAAAGUUAACAAAUCAAUUUCUGACGACCUGUGGCUUGUCUUCUCUCGUUGUGAUUUCAUUGCAACACUUUUCAACAUUAGCAAUUUCUUCGACAACAUCAACGACUCAGCUAGACGCGUAAAUGUCGAACCUUCACUCAUUCAUUCUCUCCUGGCUAUCAGUCAUGCUUUACAGGGUCAAUUUCAGAUCGCUUAUGUGAUGGCAGACCGUGCCCAUUCUACUCUUCGUUCAGCAAUGAUGACCGGAAGACUUACCGUCGGUAUUGCACAGAGUGCCGUCGUAGGUAGCGCUUUUUGUGAUUGCACACAAACUGAUCUCACUCAGGUACUCCAAUACUACGAAUCUUUCCCACUCGGUACUUUCAAUAUUAAAAGAUUAGCAGCACCACUCUAUGCAGCAGAUGCAGUUAUAAAAAACCUCGCACUCACAUGCCUCGAUGCUGACAAAGUCGCUCACGUUUUCGAUGACGAUGGUAUUCCUAUUAGCACGACAGAGCAGGAAGUAAUUAAUUUUAACGAUAUGCACCUCCAGCCUCCGCUUCACUCGACGGAAGAUUCGUCCACCUGUCCUUGCCAAUCCUGGGCUCAGCCUUCGCAUGUUACGCGGAAAGACGAUGCCAUCAGGUUUAGACAUAUACCCAAAUUCGCUACUGAAAACGUCUCUGAGUCGCACAUACACCAGGAGGAGAUUAGGCGGGUUGUUUGGGGGACAGUUAACAACGGAUGGUAUCUCCAAAUGUUGGAUCCGCACGCCGUUGCAACGUUACACACUUCCCAGAGUUCGAAUUAUGGUGUCUUUUAUACCGCCGAGUCAUUUGUUUUGUCAUUACCGGAAGAAGGAUUGCGAAGAUGGUCGAGAUACACACUCUGGGCUUUCGUUGACCGCUUGAAAUUGUUAUGUCACGCCGCGACACGUCUAUCGCGUAGUCUUCCCCCACUCGAGCUUCACAUGCGAGCUAACAAAAUAAGUGCUGAGGUUGACAAAAUUGAGCGCGACUUGGCAAACCUUCAUAGUUGUAACAGGGGCGUGCAUGGAUGGCACGUAAGCAAUGUCGCUUUCAUCACAAGGUUGAUCCUCACGGCCAAGACGCGUCAGUUUUCGCAUCCAGAUGGUACUAACACUGGUCCUUCGGAUUAUUACACUAGACAACGGGCCCGCGAAUGGCUUGAUGCACACUCACUGAUUUGGGAUCAUAUCAUCAAUAAACAGUCGAUUGCUAAUCAGCCAAUGAUUUUCGUCGCACUUAUCUGUCAAGCUCUUCGAUGCCUCGAUCUGGUGGCCUUGGAUUCGGCUUUCACGAGAGCUAUUCAUGUCGCUAGAAACAUUCUCAAAGGGAUAGAAGAAAUGAUCGCAAUUUAUCCAACAAGCGAAUCAUCCGAUCUUGAUAAAAUGAUGACCAAAGUGAAAGUUUCUUGUGAUGAACUUGAGAAGAGAACAAUUUUAGCACAAUGUCAACCUAAUGACAGUAUCAUUCUUCAGAAUAUACAGUAUAUAAAAAACGAGCAAUCAUGACAAAUUUUUUAAAUAUCCACGGGUUUUUUAUAUUGAAUAUUAACACCAUUCACACAUCGCCAAGAACAUUUUUCUUAUACAAGACAAUUUACUCUACUGCAUUGAUACACGGACUUUUAGCAGAAAUAUUUCCCAUAAUAGUUGUCCAACUUACAAAUAUAUAUCUUUCUUGUAUGUAUAAACAUGAAUAAAGUGACAAAAAGAGAGUUACUCCGAUAUUAAGUAUAUUAGGUUACUUGUAAAUUGCCCAGACCAUUUGUUACAUUAUCGACUGGGCUGCUUUGAUUGUUGGAUGAUUGAUAUUGUUGAAUUUGACGUUUCUGCUGACCAGCGCGAACGCCGCCUCUUCUUACAAAGUCUCUCAUCCGACGAACCUCCUCUUCAACUCUAUCAAGUACAACUCCACAAAAUGCUUCUCCAUCACGCAGAAGGUCACCAUCUGCGGCUGGUGGUGCGGUGAAAGCAGCUUCUAGAGAGCGCGUGGUCGAUUCUUGGAGAGACGCGAAAAGCUUUGCCGUUGACCUUCUCAGUGCGGAUGAUGCGGGCGGUGGAAGCAUGUCAUUGUCAUAAAUUUCAUCGGAAAGCAUGUGCUCGUCAUCUUCAUCUUCGCUCUCGUCCAUUGGUUCAGCGUCAGAUACCCAGACCCAUUUACCACCUUCAGCCAUAACCCAUUCUCUGUCCUCAUCGACACCACAGUCAGGAUCAACUUGGGUCGGUUUCCAGGCUUCUUCGACUUCCCAUCUCUGCCAGUCGCUCGGUGGACCGACGUCUGCGCCGAGACCGAGUACUUCAACUAAACCAAGUCCGUCACGCUCCUUUCCCCAAAUUUUACCAUCAAUUUCGAGUCUAGAUAGAUGUGGAAAUAGUGGAAGGAAGUGCAUGAAGUAUGCUCUAAAUGGCAUACUCGUCGUAUCAUCAGCACCUUCGAGUGGAGGUGCAAUGCGCGGGUUUCUGCUAGGAGGGAAGGAACCACAGAGUACCAAAGUGUGUAAAUUGCGUGAUGGGUGUAUCAGAUGAAAUAAUCCAUGUGGAGAUGUCCAGCAAACGUUGCGUACUUCCAAGAUACGGAGUUCGCUGAGUGAUGUCGUGGCUUCAGAGAGGAAAGACCGACCGUAAGCCGUCGAAGAAUCCCGUAUGUUUAAAUUAACUAAGCGUAGGCUCUGCAACGAUGGGUUUCGUCGUAAUAACAGCGUUAGAGCAUCCCGAGAUACAGACGGGAGAUUACUGAGGUUUAGCGAGGUGAGAAGAGUGAUACUCUCGCUUCUAGGCGGAACAAGACUGCUAAGAUCAAAGCGCCAACUUAGAUGAUUGAGUGAGAGGUGCGUCAACGUCCCCGGUAGAUUUUCGAACAAACUGGGCGGUAAGUAGAUGCUGGGGAGUGAUAAAUCCAAUCCUUUCAGGUUCUGAGCGGGCUGAAUACAUCGGGAGAUCAGCCUGCCUAAUCGACCAUCAGCUCUGCCUCCAAUAGUGGCUUCCCCGCGCCAAUGACUGGCUUCUGUCCAAUCGCCAUCAACUUUGAACCAUUUAAGCGCCUGCGAUGGCGUCCAAUCCUUCUCUAGAUAUUCACCGUAUGCGACGACAGCAGCGAGCGUAGGUAGAUGUAGCGCUGAAGGUGGAGGAGACGUCCGAUAAAGAGAUGUGUACACCGGUGGUGAUUUUUUACUCGGAGGCGUCUGCGUCGGCAUUUUGCUCGAUAUUUUCUCGUU